AUGUUGAAGCGCUCGCAGCAGCGUUGCACGAUCUGCACCGUGACGUAUCAACACGAACUAGUGCCGCCGUUCGGAGUCUCGACGCACCACUCGUGCCGGCCCAAGAUGUACCAAGGUUCAAGUCUUGAGGUCACGGAAGACCUCAUCAAUCAAAUCGCACACUGCGAUGGCGGAUUCCACGUGGAACGCCUCGAAAAGGUCCGACUCACUGAUGGUGAAUACCAAGUCCAAGUCAAGUGGAUGGGCCUUGGUGACGAAGAAGUGCCGUGGGAGCUCGCGAGGAACCUCCUCGACGCCAUCCCGGUCGUCUUCACCAAGUGGUGCAAGACCCACAAGUCAGCCAAGCACGUGGCCGCAACGAUGAAGAACCUGGGCCUCCUCUAG